CAGCGUUAACACGUGAGAAGAUUUAUCAGAAGAGAAAAGGAAAUGACUGGCAGGAUUCUUUUCCUCCUCGUCCUUGUACUAUCCUUGUACAGCGCUGAUGGCGACUGGCGAUGCAAUUGCCGAAAAGGAGAUCGUUGUGUGAAAAGAGGUUUUUCGAUUAGUUGUAUAAAACCACGAACACGAGCACCACCAAAACCAACAACACCACCAACAACGCCAGCACCAGCUGAUCCAUGCUCAUCGAACCCGUGUGCUAAUGGAGGAACUUGUAUUGCCAUAACACCGUUGACUUUCUCAUGCAAAUGUGCUGAAGGAUUCUCAGGUGGCCAUUGUAGAGAAGCCGCAGACAAGUGCUUCAAUCAACCUUGUAUGAAUGGAGGGAUCUGUAAAAAUAACCCGAAUGGACGCACUUGUAGAUGUUUGCUUGGAUAUGAAGGAGCUAAUUGUGAACGAAAAUGUCCACAGAAGAAACUGGAUAUUCUUCUUAUCGAGGACGUAUCUUCGUCUAUCUCCAAAGACGCAUACAGGCAGAUAAAGGAUUUUGAAGUCGAACUGCUCUCUUAUGCCCGCAUACAAAACAAUAUAAUCAAUGUGGCUUUCUUGGUGUAUUCAGGAAAGGCUGAAGUGAACUUUUUGCUGAAUUCGCACCCGGACAACAAAGAAGCCGCUAUUCGAGAUGUAAAUGCUCAAAAACAAAAAGGUGGUUCCACCUUCCUCGGUGAUGCUAUCAACAUGGCUUUAUCUGAUGUGUUUGUAGCGGAAAAUGGCGACCGUCCAGACGCAGAUAACAUUGUUAUCUUAUUUACAGAUGGUAAAAGUAGCAAAAAGUCAACCAUAUCAAGGAGCAUAGGCCGUCUCCUUACAGAGGCAAUGGUUUUUGUUGUUCCAACGUCAUCAGACCUCGACCUGGAGGAUAUUAGCGCGGUAGCGUCACCUCCCGAUGAAGAACAUGUUUUCUCUUUGAGCAACUCUUUGGCACUUGAUGAAAUCAAGGAGAGAACCAUCUAUAUGAAGUGUGGAGUAAAUGUUGCAUUAAAGGAAUAA